AAGGAAACCUAUUGGCAGACACAUUAAUAGUUAUCCCGUCAUAAAUAAUGGCCGCGUCAUUAUCAGUACGAAAACUAAAACGGGAAAAUGGAAUUUAAUUAUUUUUAACUUAAUACAAAUAACCACUUAGUUCUCCUCUUGCUAUGUUGCCAUCAUGUUCGCGUCCAGAUGGAUUUUAGCGGCCAUUUUGAUAAUUAGCACAGAAGCAGUGCCUGGGAAUGUGACAAAGCCUCUGUAUCAUGAAAAAUCAAAGCAGACAUUUUCUAUAUCGAAAAAGUAUGCUCUAUUUGGCUACAGCAUCGCUUAUCAGAGCACUUUGACGAGCUUAAUAGUGGGAUGCCCAAGAGCUUCGAUCGUUGGAGAAGUUUACAGUUGUUCGACCAAAGAAACCGUCAACACAACAUGCCAAAAGGUCCCCAUUGAUGAGACUACAUUCAGAAAAAUUGAAAGAUAUGUUUCAGAUAAUAAAUUUACAGCAGAUCAUUAUUAUCAAUGGCUUGGAGCCACUGUUAAUGCUGGAUCUAAUUUCUACAUGACAUGUGCACCCAGAUUCAUGUCUCGGUCAGAUGAUAAGCGCCAGAAAACGACGGGACGAUGUCUAUACGAAGAGACAGCGUCGCAUGGAGCUCGAAUUAAUAUGGCGACCAUGUCUAGAGUACAGGAAUCCGAGAAGAAGGAAUAUCACAAGGCGGCGUACCCUGGCGCCAAUGACACCGCUAUUUCAUUGGAACUUUUGAUGGAUUCCUUUGGAUGGUCAAGUCACGUGGCAGACGAUUCUAUUGUAGUUGGCGGUCCUGCUAUGUCCAUUGGUCGUGCUAUGCUGUUGACGGACGUAAAAAGUUCAGCCAAUUUGUUUACUAUAGACAAUGCUAAAUUGCAAAAGAACAACAAAAACGUAGCGUUUAAUUUCGGUUACAGUAUCACGUCUGGUUAUUUUUUUGUUGACCCAGAAGUGAAAGUGUACGCCAUAAGUACUCCUUAUGGAAGCAUUGGAAAGGGAAGGGUGUUGUUCUUCGAAGAUCAUCAAACAAUGAAGGAGGAAAUUUUGGAAGAUGACGAAGUGGGCUCUCUCUUCGGCGCGGCGCUGGGCUCUCUGGCGAAAGAGGACGGGCUCUCUGCCCUCCUAGUAGGAGCCCCCGCCUACGACUCUUUUGCCGCCACCAUAGACUCCCAAACCUACUCUUACGACACCGGCGCAGUCUACCUGUAUGAUUACGUUGAAGAUAAUUUUGUUUUAAAACGCAAGAUCAUCGGAUAUGAAAGUGGCAGUUACUUCGGCAGCGCCAUUGCUACCAUCGGCGAUCUGGACGGCGACAAGACCGAUGAAGUGGCAAUCUCAGCUCCGUACGAGAACAGCGGCAGUGGCGCCGUGUACUUGUACUCCGGGAAGCAAAUGCUGGACAAGUCACCAGAGCUGAAAUAUAAGCAGAAACUGAAGCCUGAGGGCGGACCAGGGCAGUACUUUGGUCUGGCACUCUCUCCACUUGCAGAUACUGACGGAAAUGGGUGCAAUGAACUGGCCAUAGGCGCUCCGGGUGCCGACUAUGUGACGCUCUAUCGCUGCAUUACAUCUGUUAGUGUGACUUUUACCGCAACGUUCCCUGACCUAAAGAAACAAUCUCAAGAAUUGUCAAAAUCUGCGUCGUCGUUCUCAUUUGACCCCUGUUUAAAUGUGAAGUAUCCCGAAAAGCCCACUGCGAUAGAGACUAAAAUCAUCAUUUCAAUUGAAAUCGUUCAUCCGAACGUGACAAUAGCAGGAGCCAAUAAAGGUGUACUCACCUAUAAUGCUGACUUGGCAUCUGGACGUCCGCAGUACUGUAAGACAGUCACUGUAAUUCUACCUCAAGAAGCUGAUUACGACCAUGACAUAGUGUUCAACAUGACGGCUGCGCUGGCGCAGAACCCGCUGGAACUUACAAAGUUCAACCCUCGCUUGGUGCUGCUAGAUAACACCACCAACCACACGCAGCGGUUCACAGCGCCGCCGCUGCCAGGGUCCGACAUGACCCUCGACGUCUACACCAGUUUGAAGGAUGGCUACCUUAUCGGUUCAUCGGAGAACGAGACGCUAACGAUGGUGCUGGUCAACGCGGGUAACACUGCGUUUGGCGCUUGCGUGCGCGUGCGCCUCACAGGCAUAAAGGUCUCCCAGUGGCCGGAGCAUAUUUGCUCGGUCUCCGGGCAAUUGCUCACUUGUUCGCCGCCUACCGCGCUGCGUAGAAGCAAGUCGUGGAAUGUAACUGUGUCACUGGCAACGAAAUCACUGACGAACUCUGAUGAGAAGGUGAAGCUUUACGCGGAGUUACUGACUGGAUGCCAAAAGAAGACCGGAAAUGCUUAUGAAGAGACAUUCAAUUUUAAAAUUGAUUCCAAAUUCGCCAUAAAAAGCAUAUCAUCGCCGAGCCGGUUGGUUAAUGUGACCAGAAAGGAGCUUAGUUUAAAAGAUGGAAAACAUAUUGAACAUAUAUAUAAGAUAAUCAACAUUGGUGUUACCAACUGGGAAAAAGUAUCUUGUGACGUCACGGUUCCACUUGGUAUUGCGCGGGUAACCGCAGGACUUACUGACUGUAAACUUAACGGCACGAAUGCCCACUGUAUCAUUAAAAAAAUACAUAGAAACGCGCCUGUCAAUGUGAAAGUACAGAUGGAUAUCUCUCCCGACCAUCCCAUUAUAGACAAAAUCAAAAAAGGACAAGCACCAUUAGACACUGAACUUAGUUUGCGAUUGGGAAACGAAACGAAAAAGGCAAGUAUAACUACGAUAAUAACCUUAUGGGAGGACCCUAAGGUCCCGCUGUGGAUAAUAAUCGUCGCCGCUUUAGUGGGUCUGGUGCUAGUACUUGUACUGGGAUGGGCUCUUUACGAAUGUGGCUGUUUCCGAAGAGAGAACAAAGAGAAAUUAGACGAACUGAAGAGAGAUGUCAAGAGACAAAGCAUGCGUCGCUCUAUGAUGUUGCGCCAGAGCACGAUAGAGGUGGUGACCAACGAGCAAGGUGACCGGCAGCGGUUGGUGGACGUGCCAGAAGAAGACGACAGCAUUAGCAUUGCGGAGGUGCUGGAAGACACUCCCAGAGCCGCCUUGGCCGCUGAACUAGAGAAGAAACUCGCGAAGGGGGACAAGCAAGGCCACACAAAAGCUGAAGUUCACAAAUUUUAAAAGCUGGGCUAUCAACCAUUGUACACAGCAAUACGGUUUACCUAUCACGUUCUUAUCUAAUCUAAUCUAGCCUACAAGAUCCCACUGCUAGGAAAAGACCUCCCCUUCCUCUUUCCAUUUUUUGCGGUCCUGUGUGUACUCCGGCCAGUCCCGACCUAUCACGUUAGUUUAACAAAAAAAAUGGGUAAAGCGUGGGUACUUAGUACAUUAGGUGAUGGAUGUCCUGAAAGAUAAUGAUUAUUGUUAAAUUGUUACCUAUAUAUGUGAAAUGCAGAUUACAAAUAAAAAAAUAACAACAGUAGGUACUUAUUAUUAUUUUACAAUUUAAUUUAGGUUUAGAGAUUAUUUAUUUUUCAAAUAAGUCAUCCAAUUUCACUGAUUUGAGACAAUAUUUUAUAAUGAUAGUUAAGUAUGUAUAAACAGCAGUAAUUUUAUUUUAUUAAG